UUGAUGUGUUUCGACAUGUUUAUGCAUGAAAGUAAUUAUUUCGGAUAUACGUCUAUUCCGGAGAUGAAAAAGCAUUUUACUGAUCCUGGUGGCAGUAGAAGGUCCUCCCCAUGCAGUUCACCAAGACGAAAUAAGGGUGACAGGAUGAAUACAUCUGUGAGAUCUACUGGAAAGAAGGAACAAAAUGCAGAUAAACCACUGCCAAAUAUUAAUGAGAGAUUAGGUCACCUGAGACCAUCAAGAGAGUUGUUAGAGUACUACAGAAAGAAAAUAGCAGAGUAUGAUGAAGAACAUGAGGGACUUGUGGCCAAGUUGGAGGAAUAUAAAGUCACUUACGAGGAACAACACAAGAUGCAGUGGGAGUUACGGCAGCGAGAGGAAGAGAUUGUAGAGUUACAGAAAGCCCUCAGUGACAUGCAGAUCUAUCUGUUCCAGGAGCGUGAACAUGUUCUCAGACUCUAUGCUGAAAAUGAUAGAUUGAAGAUUCGAGAACUUGAGGAUAAGAAGAAGAUACAACAGUUGUUGGCGUUGAGUGGAACUCCAGAUCAUGAAAUCACAUACUUCCAUAAGGAGCCACCAGCCAAAGCUGUGAUUGAACAAAAGGCUCCAAAACGACCACAAAGUGCAAACUUACAAACCAAAAAAGACAAUAAGAAACAGGGCUCCUCAACAAAGAGUUCAGUAGCAUUGUCAGCAGAAGACAAAUAUCACCAUGACAACCAGGCAUUGUCUUUACAAGUGGAAUCGCUCCAGUCACAAAUACAAGAACAGGCAAAACUAGCUAAAGAACAGGUUCAAGCCCUUAUAGAAGAUCGACGUGUGAAGGAAGAAGAACUUGAAACUAGACGACAAAGGGAUGAGGCCAAAAUACAUACACUCACAGAAAAGCUUCAUAAAACCCAAGAUCUGUUGUACGAGAGCACCAAAGAUUUCUUGGAGUUGCGAUAUCAGGGCCGUGGUAAUGAACGUAAUUGGAUGGCUGAAAAAGACAAGCUUCUCAGGGACCUUGAUCAGUGUAAACAACAAAUGAACAUUACAAGAAAAGAUGACGUGUUGAAUUCCUCCAACCUGUAUGAGAGUAGAUCUCAUUAUAUUGAAGAGUUAAAGUCCCUGGAGUACCAACUACAACAAUCACAGAAGUUGUCAGAGAUGUAUAGGGAACAGGUGAUACAGUUAGAGGAUGAGUUGUCAAGGAUACGAGAGGAGGGAGAUGUUACCAGAGAAAUAUUUAAGGAUCGAGGAGAGAAAAUGAGCAGUAGACUAAAGUUAAUGAAUCAGCGUUAUCAGGAUCUAGAAAGACGACGUAAUUUAGAAGUGGAAGGAUUUAAAACAGAUAUUAAAAACCUCAGGACCAGACUGAAGGAAGUGGAGAGACAGCUGUAUAAGGUUACAAUUGGCUUCUCAGAGGACAUGGAUGUCAAGCGUCCAGACGACUUAGAUAUGCAGAUACUGAGAAAUAUACGGGCAACGUCAGGACGUUCUAAGAAAAUGGUUGGCGAACUGAAAAAUCUUAAAGCUAAAAUGUAUGGAAUUGAAAAUGAUCUGAAACAUUUAUGAAAAUACAUCAUGAAGAGCAUUUAGGAAGGCAUUUGUUUACAGAUCAAGAAGACCGAGAUUUAAGGAGAAAAGAAGAAGUGACUUAUUUACAGACAAGUCCGCAAUGAUUUUUCUUUGUUUUUGUAGGACAAGUUUCAUAGACAGACUCUUUUAUCAAAUGUUUGGGUAUUUAUAAGGAAAAGAAAGAAAAAUUGAAUGGUGUAAUUUGGUGGUCAAAAGAGAGCGGAUGGUAUUUCUUCCUUUAUGUCGUUACUGGAAUGCCUAGUAUUUUUGUGACUUUGCGUAUUCAGAUUUUCAGAAUUUGAAAAUUGAAAAUUUUAAAAAUAAUGUUAUAACACAUUGAAUCUAAUGAAUGGAGUUUGUUUAUAUAUGUAGCAAGGUACCUUUGUUAUAUUUUGUCAGUUCAAGAAUUAUGUAGAAUUUUAUUAUACUUCAGGAAUCCUCAUAUUAAUAGACUGGGUUUGCUAAAAAUAAAAAAUUAGAGUUAAGAAGAUAUUAGGUAAAAAGUAAAGUAGUUUCAGUGGUCCUGGGUUUGUACUAGCAGUUCUUUGUGAAGAAUAAGACUAUAACACAAUAUUCAUUCAUACCUUUGUCAUGAAACAUUAAAAAAAAAGACAUUGUCAGUCAGUGUUUUAUAGAACAUUUUACAUUGAUGUACUCGGAAUAGAUUGUUGUGAUUUUAUUCAGUAGAUUUUCACAUGAAUAUCUGACUGAUAAAUACAUCAAAUUAAUUGUUUGAGAAUUGUUACUGUAUGUGUGAGUGUGUCGCCCUAGAGCUGAAGAGAAGUUUAUAUUCCAAGUUAUAUUAAACAAUAUACAGGACUGUCUUGUAUAUAAGAGAGGAAAAUCAUUUUAACAUAUACAUUCAAUUUUCAGAUGUUGUACUGUGAUAGAUUAUGUAGAUAACAUGUAUUUAUGAAACUUUUUUUCAAUAAUAAAGUAGAUGACAUAUAACAAGUUGUUAC